CUACGUCUUCUGUUGUCUAGCGGGACUGGUGGAUUCAGUCGGCUGCAAUGCGCCGAGGGAUCAGUUUUCAUCUUGCGAAGAGCUCAUGGCUAGCGAAGUUCUGCGGAUCUUCAUCUGGAUCCUCGGAGGGAGCGCUUUCAUCGGAAACGGCUUCGUGAUCAUCUACAGGGUGGUCCAUCAGAAGAGAGACAGGAAAACCAUUGUUCAGUCGAGCUUCAUCACGAACUUGGCCGUGUCUGAUUUUAUGAUGGGCCUGUACAUGAUCACCAUUGCGUCGGCCGACAUAUACUUCAGAGGGAACUAUGCCUUGCAUGCUGAUGCGUGGCAGUCUAGCGCCCUCUGCAAGUUAGCGGGAAUGCUGUCGGUAGUAUCGAGCGAGGCGUCUGUCUUGUUCAUCAUGAUGAUCAGUGUUGACCGGUGCAUCCACGUCCUCCUACCCUUCAAGAAGGGGCUUCACCUCUCUCCUACGGCUGCAAGAUGUACCCAGCUAAUCAUAUGGGCCAUCGGAGUUUUGGUGAGCGUCAUACCCUUGAUGAUCCCUGCGUAUAACCGAGGCAACUUCUAUGGACAGUCUGGAGUCUGUUUGGCCCUACCCUUGACCGUUGAUCGUCCUGCAGGAUGGCAUUACUCUAUCUCGUUGUUCAUCGGUGCCAACUUCGCGUCCUUUCUUGUAACCCUGCUCUGUUAUGUGGCCAUUUACAUCCGCUAUUUGCAGUCCAAACGGAUGAUAUCACAGACCGGGAAGGGGUCCAGAGAUGAUAAAAAGCUGAAUGAAGAUAUCAAGUUGGCUUGGAAGAUGUUGCUGAUCGUAGGAACAGACCUGAUCUGCUGGUUCCCCAUUAUCAUCAUGGGCCUCUUGUCAGCAGCAGGGAAACUUGUUAUAUCUGCUCAGGUGUAUGCUUGGACGGCAGUCUUCGUCCUUCCUGUUAACUCGUCACUCAACCCGUACCUCUAUACUCUCUCCACCAUGCACGGAAAGAAACAGAAAACCAAGAAAUCUGCCUUGUCUAUGACAGAAGAAAAUAAAACAAUGGAAAGCGGCUUGUGGGACGGAGAUGGUCCUUCUAAGACCAAGGCUAUCCCCUUUUCCAUUGUACCCACCAUGAUUGUGCAGUUCCUUGAACACUGGUUGAUAAAUGAAUCUCGUGACUUGACCCGGCAAGAACUUGACGUCAUCAGACGAGACGUUGGGCAGUCAUGGGACCUCUUGGAGAAGGCGGGCAGCACGAUAGAUGGGUAUUUCAAGAACAUUAUUGUUCAAACUGAUGCAGCUAAUACGAUUCAAAGGGCGUUCGUGGUUCUGGAUCCUCCAACAUUCAACGUUGAACAUUUUGGACAGGACGAUGAAUUCAAUGGCAGAUCGAACAAACUUGAAGCCAACCAAACCAAGGUUCUGGAAGUGCUCAAGGGACUCAGUGAAUCUCGAUAUUAACCAGCAAAAGAGGCAAAACGACUGGAGGAGGCCCCUCUAUUCGUGUACAAGCAAGGGCAGGGGUGUCCUCCACGUGUUAGAUGGGGGAGGCAUAAAAGUGAGAAAAAAUUUCAAAAAUUUUCGGCGCGCUCUUCGCGCGUUAACUAAAAUACAAAAUUUUGCGCGCUACAUAAGUGCAACGAAAACAUUGACAAUUUUGUAUGUUCAAAAUAAUUUGUAACGCCACGUUUACUGGUUUUAUAAUGCAUUCCAGGUUUUUAUUAAACAUAUUUUCAUUGUAUAUUUUUUUGGGGAAGCUACAAAAAUAUGGGAAGGGGGGCAAAUCGAUAUGUCUACCCCCCCCCCCCCUAUUGACACCUCUGGAGGACCAUAAUAAUGGACUAGUGCGACGGAUUCUGUUUUUAGAUUUUGCAAUAGUAGGCCUAUAGGAUCCAGUGUUACCAUGGUUACAGGAUUGGAAAUCGUGAGUUUCGUUUCGAAUCUACAUGCGAUACUUUUGUCGAGUGACCCCGGACCCUUUGGACAAAUCAGGGUCCUGUUUCAUGAAGACAUUUAUAAUAACAAAUGCACUAUUUCUAUAACAAAUUUACCAUCAGCCAAUCAGAUUGAAGGAUUUCAGCAGCUUUUAACUGUUAUUGUGAAUUUGUUACUAUAACAAGUUUUAUGUAACGGACAGCUGCUUUUUUUCAUGAAAAAUUCGAUGUCUGCUUCUCAUUUUUUUUUCUUUACAUAAAGAGAACAUUGCUGAUGGAAUGCUUACUUUCAUGAACAAUAUAGAAAGCCUCUUGAAAUUUUGAUAGUAAAUUUCCACUGAAAAAUAUUGUCAGUAAAAUUUUGCAUCGUGAUACGAUCGCUGUUCCUGCUUUGUAUGAUCUGAUCACGAAUUAUAUAAUUUAUUGAUUGAUUAAUUUAUUUAUAUAUUGAUAUUGUUGGUAACUUAUUAAAUGUUUUCCAAGUGCUUUGUGUAUUGAAGAUUAUGAGUUGAAAAAGUGGAAAAAGGUGAAUGAUUUAGCGAAUGAAAUGAACAAACAUUGACUUGUGGUUAACAAAAUACUUGAGAAAUGAUUAAUUGCCACUUGUCAUGAUCAAGGAGAUAAAUAAAUACAAAAUGCUCGGGAGUGGGGAUGGAUCCGAGCCAGGUGGUCAUCUCGGUCUCCAUUUUGCACCAUCUCAGAUAUAGUAAUUACAAAUUUACCAUUGCAUUUUCCUGUUAAGUUGAUUAUCUAUUUUUUUUAAUCUAUUUAAUUCGGCUAAAAUAUUCGCUAUCGUUUUUGCUAGGUUGUUUUUCAGCGACUCCGUUGGAAAAAAGUCAUCCGUGGAAUAAAUUCAAUACAAACAAAAUCAUACGAAGCGAAUCUUACUCCAUUAGAGACAAAUGCACCAAAGGAAACAAAUGAAACUAGAAAGCAAACAAAAAAUACAAGAGGUAGACAAUUAAAGUAUAAAUGGUAAUCGGAGUGGAGGUUGAAUUCAGACGACCGUGUUCAACGAUUUUUUUUUCAUAUUUUCAAUAAACUUGAUCAAUUCAUUUCAUUCUUGAGACUUUCUUGGCAACUCAGUAACAUAUUAAGCUAUUUAUGAAAAUGUUUCUUUUUGGCUUUGUUAUUAUGGGGAAUUUCUUACACCAUUCUUGAUUGAAGUUUCGGUGACAGCAAAUCAUAAAACUAAUAUAGAUUUUUUCAUUUUGUUUUUAAAAAUUAGCAUAAGUUAUUGAUUUUUACAGAUAGACAAUCUUUAAAUGUGCUAUAGAUAGUUUGUCUAUGAAAAAAAUGUUAAGGUAUAAUACUUAUGUGCCAUUUUGAAUAGUUUGAAGUGUUUUACACUCCCCGAAUUAUGUUUCGUUAUACAAUUAUUGUGUGGUUUCCCCCCCCCCCCUUAAAGUGAUUGGUUAACAUUGGUUUGACUUUUUAAAAAUCUGAGCUAGAAGGUCACACUUGUCACCUGUGUCUGUAAUAUGUUACAAAAAUGAAGCCCAGAAAAAAUUGCGUUCGAAAAUAAUUAUUUAGUGCUUCAAAAGUUGAAAUAUAAAGUGACCGGAAACACCAUUUUAAUUUCAUCCCAUACACUUAUGUGUACUAUUUAGGUGUCUAUAAGACGCCUAUUUACAAAAUCGGGGUUUGCCUUGUAGUUUUAGCUUUUCAUUCUCAAUAAUGGUUGUUUUCAGGGUUUAUUAGUUCUAAUACAUGCACUUGUACACAUGUUUCAUCUUGGUUUGAGAAUUUUUUAAAUCGGCUGCUCACAAAGUUAAACAAUACCUUUAACUGUGUUGUGUGACGUACGUAUGAUAGUACCGUGAUAAUCUAAGAAUUUAUAAAUUGUACGUUCUUUUGGUUUUUCACAUUUUGAUUUAUCUACUCUCAAAUUAUACCGAAUCGUGAAAGUAGUUAGUCAUCACAGAGUUUCAAUUUUAGUUGGAAUCUUCAUAAGCAAUUGGGGCCUAUAAUCAGCAGAUAUAACUAUAAGCACAUCAUGGGCGGUAGAUGCAAAAUGAAAAAACCUAUGAUUCACACACACACGCACACCCACAUGCACACAUAUUUCAUAUGUAUUUAUUCUCGUUUUCGCCUCAAAUAAUUCCAAACUUGAUUUGAUUACUCGUGAUGAUUUAAAGUCAUCAUGGUAAUAAUGUAUUGUGAUUUUGUGGAGAUUAUAUUCAUAAAAAUAAUUGAUAUUUCAAAUAGAUAUAUUAUAUCUCAUUAUUUUCUUAUUAUUGAUAAGAAAAUAAUGAGUGUGUUAUUGACCAACUUUUGCACACAAACCAGGAUGUUCAAUUAAUGUUAAUACAAACUCAAGUAAAUAUCUUUUUUGUUUUGAUUGAAAAAUAUGUAUGUUAAUUAACGAUAUUUUGGUUUGAAAAUGAACAAAGUAAUUGAUGCUUCGUGUUUUGUUGAAAAUAAAACCUGAUCUUG